GGAGGAGGAGCAGGAAUGAGUGGACAUGGCCACAAAUGAAGCUGCUCUCAACGUCAUCAGAGAGCAGCUCCAGGGCAGAGAAAAGGAUGAGGCGCAGCAGCGCAUGUUCCUGCACGCCAUCCACCCCGCGUGUCUCGCUGCACAGCAGAGAGGGCAGGAAACACUGGAGCCGCACUGCUGCAAGGCGGCUGUGGUGCAGAGGAUUGUGGAGCUCAUUGAGGAGCUGCCUGACGACUCUCCACCCGGCACCAUCCUCGCCAACUCCCUGAUUGCUGUGGGCAACCUCAGCACCAUGAAACCUGCCCUGGAGCUAGAGCUGGAGACACACCUCUUGCAAGCUGCCCCGCAUGCUGUCUUUACCCUGGGCACAGAGAAGGACACCACCCAAGUCCAGGCUCUACACAAGGUCAUGCCAGAGCUCCUGGAUGCCAUGCUGGGGAACCUGCUGUUAGAGUCCCCAGAAACAGACAGGCUCCACUACAUCUUGGAGCACGUCAACUUCUGGAUCGUGUCCCAGGAGAGAGGCAGGGCCAUUAAGAGCAGCACGGCCCUGCUCAGAUACACCCUCCCUGAGUUUGAUAACCCAGCAGAGUUCCCCAGGAUGGGUCACCAUGUGGCACAGCUGGCUCUGUUCAUCAGUGACCCAGCCAAGGACAUCAGCCGGCAGCCCAGGGAAGGGAUUUACUGGCUCUACCAGCUGCUGCUGCACCAGAGGGGGCUGACCAUCCAUGAGGCAGAAGAUCUAUGGUGCUGGGACUAGCACCAGGACAGCAGGCUUCUGGGCUACAGGAACACAGCCAAGGUGGGGGAGAUUUCCUGCACUCGGAAGAAGCAGAGAAAUGAGGUGGGAUUUUCCCAGUUCCAUUGCCAGUCAGGAAUCAGAUGGCCUCAACCUGGGAACUGGGUCAUCGGAAAGUUCUUCUCAGAGGGGCAGAGAAGAUACUUCCUCCGGACAGCAGCGCUGGCCAUCCACAACCCCCUGCUGUGUCUCAGCCAGGCUGGGCUGCUCCUCGCCUACUUCCUCCUGGGGGAAGCCCAGCAGCUGAUGCGGGACAAGUCAGUCGAUCACCCAGUGUCAUCACCCUGCCUGCUGGCUGGGCAGGGUAACUCCUCAGGUCACCACGCUCUCCAGCCUGCCUUGGGCUUGGGGAGUGAGGAGGAGGGCAAGGGACAGCUGGUGACCCUGAACAUCUGCCAUCCAUCGCACCGUCACCUAGAGCAAGUGAGUGGCAUUAGGGUUCCUAGGUGGUUUCCCCUGUCUGUCGGGGGAGAGGCAGAAAGAGGGGGAGAGAAUCUCUCCCGAAGGAGAUUGGAUUUGCAAACAGCCCUCAGGAGCCCUUCACUCUCAGACCGGGUAGAGCCUUCUCCGGAGCCAUCUCCAGUGUGCUUGGAAACGUGUGCUUGUGGGAGACUGUUCCCCAGGCUGAGAGGCUCUGAGCUGGGCCAGACUCUGUGAGCUGCUGCACAUGGAAAUCCAUGGGGAAUGAGGGGACCCUGGGCUUCCUGUGCCAAGGGACUUUGUAACUUUGACAUGGGGAAUGGUUUCCCAGGAGAAGUCUGGACUCCUUGGUUCUGUUCCUUCUCUAGCCUGGGCGGGAGUGUGGCCUGGGAUGACAGGAGGGGGCUGCUUGUCCAAAGUAACUGAUGGUCUUUGUGACUGACCCCACUGCUCUAAAAGGAGGAGACUCCCCAGGUAUUGCAGCACCAGGGAUGACGCGGGGGAACGUUGGGAGCAGAUCAUGUAAUCGUCUCCUGCCAGUGUGUGUAGACUGCACUCCCUGCACCCCUGUGGGGUGGGGGAGGAGCUGGACUGGCUGGGGCAGGGAUGGGGAGGGACCGAAAAGGCCCAUUAAUGAGAGGCUGCCUUGACCCCAGACUCAUGCCUGCUCCCCGCUCGGUUCCAGGAUGGCCAGGUUCCUGAGGAUGUUCAGGAAAUAGUCUCGGCAGGUGGCCCCAGAGCCUGAGAGAAGCAGCUGCCAUCUUCCCAAGGAGCAGAGCGGCCCCUCCGUCCCCGCUGAUGGAGAAGCAGCUCCCAUCCAGGCCAGGAGGUGGAAGUGCCCAGCCUUCUGGCAGAGGAAACCAGUUCCUGACGCAGGUGCCGAGCUGGGAGAGGCACCGACCAGACCCAAAUGGAGCUGGCUCAGGAUGCGGCUGCGCAGGCAGGACCCAGCCCAGGAGGGGAGAUGGGCAGGGUGGUUCUGGGGCUUGUUUUCUGGGCAGCACCGGCCCCAGGAGCCCAGCCCUGAUUCCCAGCAGGAGGCAUCGCCCUGCCCGGUUACUGAGGAUCUGCCAGCCUCCCCAGGGCAGGAGGUGGAAGAUCCCUGUCCCAGCACAAGCAGCUUGGCCCACUCCCCCUGGGACAGAAGCAGCUCCUGGGACUCUGGCAGCAGCGAGGCCGAUGGGCGCUGCUGCUUUGUUGCAGGGACCCCCAGGGCCUGAGGAUGAGGAGGAAUGGUUGGACAUGGCCACAAAUGAAGCUUCUCUCAAGAUCAUCAGAGAGCAGCUCCGGGGCAGAGAAAAGGAUGAGGUGCAGCAGCUCAUGUUCCUGCACGUCAUCCACCCGCGUGUCUCGCUGCACAGCAGAGAGGGCAGGACACACUGGAGCUGCACUGCUGCAAGGCGGCUGUGGUGGAGAGGAUUGUGGUGAGUGAGACAUGGCGCCU